AUGUAUUCAAGGUUCAAAGCCAACAAGGGCGUCAUGCGCGUUUCCUGUGUCAAUCUAGGUUCGGGCAACGGACCUGACGAUAGCGAAGAGGAGAUUGAUCUAGUGCUGAACGCCGUGCAAUACGUGUCUUACUUGACCAACGUCGACCACCGCUUUAUCCUGGCGAUUCUUCUUCAAGAGUCCAAAGGCUGUGUCCGCGUGCGAACAACAAACAACGGUGUUCCAAACCCCGGCUUGAUGCAAGCUCACGACGGCGCAUUCUCUUGCAACAUGAAGGGGAACCUUCAGAAUCCAUGUCCAGCUUCUCAAAUCUUUGGCAUGAUCUUUGACGGGGUUGGUGGCACUUCUACUGGGGAUGGGCUGGCGAAGAUAUUGAACCAGCUGGCGUCGAGCAGCAAUGACGCACAGGCAUAUUAUCGAGCGGCUCGCCAGUACAACACUGGCUCGAUUGCGCAGGACGGGGAUUUGGAUGUGGGUGGACGCUCUACAAACUGCUAUGCUAGUGAUGUUGCCAACCGCUUGACUGGAUGGGUCUGGGCUGAAUCGGCCUGCUCUCUGUGA